AUGACAUCAGUACCAGGCUCCGUCUCCUCCUCAGUGACUUCAACCGCGAGCAACCAGCUUGGGAAGGUCGAUCGAAAGCGACGCGAUAACAUCAACGAAAGGAUUCAGCAGUUGCUCACCAUGAUUCCUAGUGAGUUCUUUCAAGAGUAUUACAAGAGUACGAACGGUUGUGAUUCAGAAAACGGUUCUGGGGAUGCUUCAAGCAGCGCAACACCUAAACCAAAUGCCAGCUCCGCUAAAAUGAAGAGUACGGGAACCAGGGAUGGGAAGCCAAACAAGGGACAAAUUCUAACUCAAGCCGUAGAAUAUAUUAUGUCUCUACAGAAUGACAUCGACACUCGGAAUCGCGAAGAAGUCGAACUCAUUUUAAAGGUCCAGGAACUGAGCAAUGUCACAGGAACAAUUGUCAACGAUAUCAAUCUGGAAAACACUAGUGCAGAGAUCGCUCUCGCUAAGAUCGGUGUGGGCACCUUGGCAGGCGAAGUCCCACCCGAGAGCGAUCAGACAAGACAAGGUUCGCAAAGUUCGCGGCAUCCCGCCGCUCAAUACAAUCCACACAUCAGCAAUUUCGAGUACGGGGGUUAUGCUGAGUAUGGAGACGGCAAUUGA